GAGACGAAUAAUAUUCAUCUUCUUCCGGUUGAUGUUUGAACUCCUUCAAGUGAUCUUGUUGGAUCUAUGAGAGAUUCAAAUCAAACUAGAUAAACUCUAUUUUCAGUAUACACAUUACACACCAAAAAAUACACAAAUACAGAGAAUGCAAAGGUGGCAGAUGGUUGCAUGAAACAUCACAUGGCAGACUACCCAGUAACUAACUUUACUUAUAUAGCUUAGAGAUGGUUUAUGGCGGUCAUUCUAGAGUUUUUCAACAUACUGUACUAGCACCCAGAGCAUGAUGCAAGACCGACUGUUAAAGAAGGAAAGUUGGGGAGGUACCCAUGUCUAACCGAAAGUCUACCUUACAGAAACGAAAUGGAUUAACUAGUAGUAAUUCCAAACACCAUAAUAUCAUCGUCCCCGCUCAUAUUUGGAAUUUCUUCUCUUUGGUAAUCCAACUUUCCUCAUUUCCACAAGAACAAAAUGAUAAAAUUGAUGGUUUUUUGUUUGAUAAUCUUCGUUCCCCUCAUAUUUGGUAUCUUACAGCAAAAGAUGGAAACAGAUUGUAUGAUCUUGAAAGGUGACAAACUUAUACUAAGAGGCAUGAUGUUUCAUGGAUAUCAUGGUGUUCUCCCCGAAGAGAAAACUCUGGGUCAGAAGUUUGUGAUUGAUAUGGAUGCAUGGGUUGAUCUUCGUGAACCCGGUAAAUCUGAUAAUAUAAAUGACAGUGUAAGCUAUGUGGAUCUUUACAACAUUGUGAAGGAUGUAGUGGAAGGACCUGGUUUUAAUCUUUUGGAGACGGUGGCUCACCUCAUCGCCACAAAAACGCUUGAAAGGUUCUCUCAAAUAUCUACGGUUCGUGUGAAGCUUGGGAAGCCUCAUAUGUCCAUUCAAGGUCCGGUUGAUUAUUUAGGGAUCGAGAUUUUUAGGUCCAGUGAUUUUAUGUCGAAUACUGAGCUUUGUAGUUCUCGGAGUGGUCUUUGAACUGGUUUCAUUUAUAUUUUCGUAAUAAUAAUGUACAUUUAUGUGCAAAUUCACUGAUCUAAAUAAACUUCAGUUGAAUU